AUGUCCAAAGUCGUGCGCAGCGUCAAGAACGUCACCAAGGGUUACUCCUCCGUCCAGGUCAAGGUUCGAAAUGCCACAAGUAAUGAUCCAUGGGGGCCUACGGGCACCGAAAUGGCUGAGAUUGCUGCCUUGACAUUCAGCAGUCCGACCGAUUUCUACGAGAUCAUGGAUAUGCUAGAUAAGCGGUUGAACGAUAAGGGCAAGAAUUGGCGCCACGUGCUCAAGUCAUUGAAGGUGCUCGACUAUUGUCUGCAUGAGGGUUCCGAGCUGGUGGUGACGUGGGCCCGCAAGAACGUCUACAUCAUCAAGACCCUGCGCGAAUUCCAAUACGUGGAUGAAGAUAGCAGAGAUGUCGGACAGAAUGUCCGUGUUGCCGCCAAAGAACUUACCUCCCUGAUUCUGGACGAAGACAGACUGCGCAGUGAGCGGUCCGACCGCAAGCUGUGGAAGUCCCGCGUGAGCGGACUUGACGACUACCAGCCUCAAGGGCAUGAGCCGCCCCGUCGGGAGCGCCGCGAACGUCGGCGUACGACCAAUGACGACGACGAUGCAGAGUAUCGCUUGGCGAUCGAGGCGAGCAAGUACGAAGCCGAGGAGGAACGCAAGCGACGGGCCAAGGAAGCCGGGGUGGACAAUGACGAAGAUCUGGCCCGGGCGAUCAAGCUCAGUCGGGAAGAGGAGGAACUGCGCAAGCGGGAGUUGGAGGAAAGCAACGCCAACUCGCUCUUUGACGACACCCCGGUGCCAGUGGCCCAGGCGCAGGCCACUGGGUACAACCAGGGAUACCAGCAGCAGAGCGCCGUCGACUGGUUCGGCAACCCGAUCAACGCUCAGCAGCCGUUGUCGACCGGUUACCUGAACAACCAAUAUGCACAGCCCACUGGUUUCCAGGGACAGAUGACGGGCAUGCCCAACGGGUACGCCAAUGGAUUCCAGUCCCAGCCCUCCGCGUUCGACCAGAACCCCUAUGGCCAGCAGCAGAGCAACUUCCUGCAGCCCCAGACCACGCUACAACCGCAACAGACAGCCUUCGGCGGCGGCAACCCGUGGGGCACCGAUGUCUUCUCGCAGCAGCCCCAGCAACAGCAGCAGCAGCAGCACCAGGAAAACUACCUGUCGGCCGGCACCAACAACCCAUGGGCUGCGCCCGGCACGCAGUCGGCGGACCCUCUGAGACCCAUGCCCACCGGGUCGAACAACCCAUUCGCGGCCCGCACGCAGUUCCAGAGCAAGCCGGUGUCGACCGGACCCCCGACCCUGAACUCGCUGGCGGAAGAGCGCACCACCAACCAGUUCAACCCAAUUGCCAACUUCCAGGCCCCGCAGUCCUUCUCCCCACAGCCGCAGACCCUGGCGCCGCCCAAGAGCACGCCGCCCCAGAUGCAAGACCCGCACCGCGCCCAGCUCAACGCGCUGCUGGCGUCGGGCGAGGGCCAGGACACCUUUGGAAACACCGGCGACCUGCGUAUCCCGGCCCAGCACACCGCCCCGGGGACGUUCGUCAACUCGGCCGGCCAGGGGAUAGAUCGGCUGCGGGCCGCGCGGACCGGCAACAACCCGUUCUACGGCCAGCAGCAGCAGCAGUUCGUCCCCCAGCAGACGGGCUUUGCGCAGCCCGCCAGCAACCCCUGGGGAGGACAGCAGACGUACCAUCAGCCUCAGCAGGGCGGCGGCAGUUUGAUAGAUCUGUAG